GGCGGCGGCGGUUGCUGUUGCCCGGCGGUGGCGGCGGCCGCCAUCGCUGCGGCCACGCGGCGGCCUGGGCGGCGGCGGCGGCGGCCGCCGCCGCAGCUGCCGCACGGCGGCCUAUAGCAGCGUCGCUCCGCUCCCCUCUCGGCGGCGCGCCGCGGCCUCCUUGCGGCGGCCGCAUGGCGUACCAGCCGCCCGCCGGCUCGUACGGGGCGCCAGGCGUGGAGGGCUGGGGCGCCGGCCCCGCGCUGGGCGGACAGCCAGGCUGGGGCCAGCAAGCGGACGCCAGCCGCUUCGGAGGCGGCGCCCACAGGCCCUUCGACCCCGCGCCGCAGACCUACGGGGCCCCGCAAGCCGGUCUCGGCUACCAGACCGGCCACCAGGCCGGCUACCAGGCCAGCUAUGGCAGCGGCGCCUUCGCGCCGCCGCAGUCUGGCUACCAGGCUGGCUACGGCGGAGGCGCCGCGGCGCCGCAGCAGCAGGGCUACCAGACCGGCCACGGCGAGCCCGACCCUGGAGCGACUGGGUCGUCGGGCGGCGGCUGUGGCGCGCGCGCCCCGCCCGGGGCGGGCGCCCCGGCCUCGUGGCUGGCGGCGCCGCCCGCGGAGGAGGGCCCUGCCGAGCAGGCGGAGGCGCAGCCGGACUCCCCGUCUCGCCCCCGCUCCGCCUCGGACCUGUUCGCCGGCACCCUGCGAAGGCGGUCCAAGCCCAGCAGCGCCGACGCCGGCGGCGAGGCUGCCCGCAGGGAGAGCCGCGACCGCACGCCGCCCAGGCGGCGCCCGGCGGCGGUGCGUGUCGUGGAGGAGAGCGCCCACCUGCUGCCCCUGUGCCUGGCCCGCGCGGGGCGGCCCCUCGCCUGCCGCCUGCACUCGCUGGCGACCGGCCUGCUGUCGCUGCUCGCGGAGGAGCCCUCCGCCUGGCUUGCGCCGAUGUUCGCGGCAGCGCCGGGGAAGGGCGGCGAGGAGGGUGAGGCUGCAGGUGAGCGGUGGGACGCGGCAGCUGACGACGGGCUCUUCCGCGCGGCCACCAGCCUGCACCGCCUGGAGCCCUGGAACCUUGAGCGGCUGCGCCUUCAGCUCGGCCGGUCCCUCCAGGCCCACUCCGCUGGCGGCGGGCGGCCCGCGGCGGAGGCGGCCUCCUGGGAGGCCGCCGAACUCGAGGCGGACCGGGACUGCGAGCCGCUGGGGUGCGGUCCGUGCGCUCCGCGCCUGGUGCACGGCGACCUCGGCAGCCUGCAGGACGCGGCGCUGCCGCUCGGGCUCUCGCUGCGCACGCGCUCCCACACGCGGAUGAAGCGGCGGAUGCUGAUGGCCACGCAGCUCUACGAGCUGAGGCUGGACGUGGUGCGCGCCACGCUGCUGCACGCGCCCGCGGGGAGCGCCGGCGGCGCCUUCGACUGCGAGGAGGGCAGGGCCGCCGCCCUGCUGCAGGAGCUGUACUCCCGGUACCAGCGCGAGGCGGAGGUGGACCUCACGCUGCAGCUCGACGCGCGGCUGGACGCGCUCGUGGCGCACGGCGGCGAGCUGGAGGCGCAGGCCACCAGGGAGCAGCAGGAGAGGGAGGCGCAGGCGGAGGCGGCGCAGGGGCACCUCCCCGAGCCCCGCGCUGCGGGCCACGGCGAGGAGGGCGGCGCGCGCGAGGCCUACCUCCGCCACCUGGAGGACCGCCGCAAGCUGCGCGCCCGCCGCGACGACGGCCAGCGGCGCCUCGAGAGGCUGUGCAGGCAGCUGUACGACCAGUGGCGCAAGCUCGUGGACAUCCGGCAGAGGCAGGGCUUCACCUCGACGCCGUGGCGCCUGCGCGCGCAGGAGGAGCCGCACAGCCAGCUGCAGGACGCGGAGCGGCGGAGGCGCAACGUCGAGGCCGAGGUGAGGGAGCACCUGUGGCUGCGCGGCGCGCCUGGGCAGGACCCGAGCAGGAUCCGCGAGGUGCAGGAGAACAUCGAGAACAACUGGGACAAGCUGCGCCCGCCGGGCAUGCCGAGCUACCGCUUCGAGCUCACGGCGACCGAGGAGGUGACCCCCACUGAGGGGCUCCGGGCCCUCUACCGCGAGAAGCGCGACGCCGCGCUGAGCCGGGAGAUUGCGAGGAGGCGGCUCGUCGGCCGGGCGCGGGUCUGCGUGGUCUGCCGCGUGGCCGACCGCGUCGUGGGCCGGAGCCCCCUCUUCUCGCUGCACUGGGACACGUGGUCCACGGCAUCUCACGCCGCGCUCGAGGGCGGCCCCGCUGGCCAGGAGGCGCCGCUGCACAGCUUCGACCUCGCCGUGCGCUACAUGCCCAAGAGUGUUUUCCUCACCGUGCACGUCGCGACGCACGGGAGGUGCGGCCCCUGCUUCCGGCGCUGGCGAAAGGCCUCCGAGGCCGAGGUCGAGCUCCCCGGCCAGGACGGCCGCCGCGUCACGCACGCGGCCGUGCUGGAGCAGCGGCUGCAGUUCGGGCCGGCGGCCGAGGCGGGCGAGGACGGCGGGGGCCUUCCCAGACAGGACGGGGGCGCCCGCGGCAGCUUCGGGGGGGAGCUGCUGGUGCAGGCGUCCUGGCCAGGCGACUGCAACAGCAGCGACUUGGUUGUGCCACCGAGGCAGACGUACGAGGAGGGGCACUUUGUCCGCAACGCAGCGAUGGGUGUCUGCAUGCCGUGCAGGCAGUCCUCGCCAGCCCUGGCGGCGCAGCACAAGUCGCCUCGGGAGAAGCUGGACGAGCGUCUCGCUGGCCUGCGAUACGACCCCCAGGACCCCGAGAACGCCCGUGUGCUGUUGGAGUCUGCCGCUCCGCGGGCGCUGCCAGGGUACGACGUGACCAGGUUGGGGAUGGAGUACAGCCGGCUAAAGGCGCCCGGCAAGUCCAGGCGCCUCAAGCAGCUGCGGGAUCGCGCGGAGCACGCGACGCAUUCGACCGAGCAGGUCCUGGUUCCCGCGUUCGAGCGGGAGGUAAAGCUGGACAAUCAAGACGAGGACCAGUACCUCUUUCGCUCGGCGGCCGACGGGUCGACGUCCCAGGUACAGGUGCAGCAUCGCGACGACUUCGUCAAGCGCGUGCAGGCAAGACUUCGGAAAACUGCGAUUGUCAAGACUCACGUCUCGUACAAGAGUAUCGUGCGCGAGCACGGUCAAGAAACGCAGGAGUCGAAUUUAAUGGAGAAGCUGGCUGUGCUGGCGACCCUCUUCCAGCCGAAGCAGACCUUGCGGCCCGCCGGAGAGCGGAAAGUUCUUCAGGCUGCGGCGCGCGCGGCGCGCGUGCACGUGUCGCUGUCGAAGCUGCACAACGCUCCCGUGCGGGUCACUGGCAGGGGCAGAGGACCAGCUGGCGGAGGCGCAUAUGGCCCCCAGGUCCCGGCCGGCUCCUACGGGUCGCAGCCUCCAGCGGGCUCCUACGGCCUGCCUGCCACGUACGGCGGCGCAGCCGGGAUGCCUCCGCCGGGCGGCAGCUAUGGCGGCUUCCCCCCGCACGGCUCAGGA